AUGAAGCAGCUGAUUCGCAAGCUCUCGCGCGUCGGCCACUCCUCGCAGUACACGCUCCUCCGUUCCGAGUCACGGCGUGCGGUGUCGCUCCGCCGAAACCGGGAUGUGGAGGUGCCGGUGGGGCACGUACCGGUGUACGUGGGAGAGGAGAUGGAGCGGUUCGAGGUGAGCGCGGAGCUGCUGAACCACCCGGUUUUCGUGAAGCUCCUGAACCGGUCCGCGCAGGUGUACGGGUACGCGCAGAAGGGGGUGCUCCGGAUACCCUGCCACGUCAUCGUCUUCCAGCGAGUCCUCGAAGCGCUUCAACUCGGUCACCACUCGCUCCAAGACAUCCACGACCUCCUCACCUCCUCUUUCCAAGACUUCUCCUAG